AUGGCUAAAGCUACCGAUUCUUCUCCGUCUAUGUCACUUGCCCAACUCGCCAAGACUGCAAACCUGGUUGAUGCAAAUGCAUCAGAGGAGGACAAGAUUAAAGCCAUGAUGUCUCAGUCCAAUCACGAAUACGACCCGAUACAUUACUCCAAAAAGGCAGUUGGACCUCCGCCUGCGCACUACACAUGCUUUCGUUGUGGAAAGGCUGGCCACUACAUCCGACAGUGCCCCAUGCUGAUGGUUCAGGAUAAGAGUGUGGAGGGUCCCAAACCAGUAAGGAUUAGUAAGGGCAUUCCUCAGAGCUUCAUGGUGAAAGCAGAACCAGGCACCAAAGGAGCCAUGUUGACCAGCACUGGAGAAUAUGCUAUACCUGCUAUAGAUGCGGAGGCGUAUGCGCAAGGAAAGAAGGAGCGCCCACCGUUUGUUCCACACGACCAGUCGUCAUCCGAGGACGAUUCAGACCCGAUCCCAGAUGAACUCCUGUGUCCGAUCUGCAACGACCUGAUGACUGACGCUGUAGUUAUACCCUGCUGUGGAAACAGUUACUGCGAUGAUUGUAUCAGGACGACCUUGUUGGACUCAGAGGAACACAUCUGCUUCACAUGCAAACAGUCAGACGUUUCACCCGAUAACCUCAUCGCCAACAAGUUUCUUCGACAGGCUGUGAACAACUUUAAAAAUGAGACUGGAUACACCAAACACGUGCGCAAGCAGCUCCAAAAUGCAGCCCCGCCUCCACCGCGCCCUCAGUUGGUCAGGCCUCUGCACUCGAGACAGCAGGACCCGCUGCUAGCCAAUGUCACUCACCCUCCUCCUACAAGCGCACCCUCCACUGCCCCUCAAUCCACCAGCCAGGGUGAACCACCCCCACCAGGUGAAUCCGACCCAGAACCCACUGUGACAACAGACUCAUCAGGAGCCUCACAAAGUGGAUCACAGAACUAUCAUUUAAAUAUUGUUGGCCACCCGCCACCUGCAAGGCCACCUCACCCUUCAGGUCACCAGUCACGGCCCCACCACUCCUCUCAGAGAGGAGGAGGCAGACACUGGGAGAGGUCUUCUUACAGAAGUAGAGGAGAGCACCCCUCCUCUCACCUCCAAACAGCUCCACCCCCUGCACCUGUUCCUCCAGUGUUCCCAGCUCCUUCUCUCUACCCACCCCCACUACAGUACCCCCCAUACACGUCUGGCCCUAGUCUUAUCCCGCCUCCUGCCAUCAGUUACCAGCCCCAGCCUGUUUAUGCCCCUGGACCACCAGUGCUCAACCCUCCCUGGGUUACCUCUGGUGCACAGCCCCCUCUUCUCCCUCUUCCACCCUCGCUCUCUCAGCCCCCCCUCUCUAAGGAAGAUUUCUACAGACAGCGGCACCACCGACAGGACAAAGUCACAUCCAAACUGGAUGAAUUCACUAAAGACUUCCACAAAGAGCUGAUGAAGUACAGAAAUGCACCAAAGAGACGAAGACCGUCUUAUUCUAGAUCCAGAUCGAGAUCCAGGUCAAGAUCCAGGUCUUAUUCUUACUCCCCCAGUCGAUCCCGCUCCCGUUCACGCUCCCAUGGCCGGUCUUAUCCCCGCUCCCCUUAUUCCAGACGCAACGGACGCAGCUAUGGACGUUCACGGACAAGGUCCCGCUCUCGUUCGAGGUCUUAUGGGUAUCGGCGCUCUGGCUCACCACGGUCUCCUCUCUCCUACCGGGGAGGGGGUUGGGAAGGCGCAGAAGCAGCAGGACCUUACAGGUCAAGAUCACGGUCUCGGUCCCCUGGUGGAUACCGGAGCCGCAGCCCUGGUGGACGGAAACCACCUCCUCGGGAGUUAGCACCAUAUGAACUGAAGGGUCCGAGCCCUGGUGGCCAUGAGCGCUGGGAUAAGUAUCGACAGUGGGAGAAGGAGUACGCAGACUGGUACAACAAGUACUACAAAGACUAUGACAACCAGCAUCCCUCAAUGCACCACAGAGCUCGUGGCAGCAGAGACAGGGAGAGGGACAGGAUGUCUCCGUUAUCUAGAGAUUACUCCCCCCAGGGGAGAGGAAGAAGAGGGAGAGAAGACAGAGGUGCUCCACCUCACCAUCCUCCAUCCUCUUCUUCAUCAGGUACCAAGUCCAGUGGCAAAGUUCUGAAGACAAAGAAAGUGAAAAAGAAGAAGACCGGGGACGAAUCAGAACCGUCACACCAGUCGAUGGACAGAGGCGAUGCUACGCCAGUCAGAGAUGAACCGAUGGAUGAAGUCCCCUCACUUGUUAAAACGCCUCCCCUGUCCUCAAAGCCUCAAGCUGGUACCGCAACCACUAAAGCUCCAGCCAGUAAAAACACAGCUGCAUCCGUUAAACCCUCAACCAAGUCGACAUCAAAGACUCAGUCAGAUAAAACUAAGAAAGAGAAGGGUCAAAAAGUCAAAGCCAAAGUUAAGACGGAGAGUGUCAAGGUGAAGACUGACAAGGUGAAGAAAAAGACUGCAGAAGGAGUGGUGACCAAAAAGAAGGAGUCCUCUUCCUCCUCGUCCUCUGUUACUAAACCGUUAAAGACCAUAAAAGCCAAACCAGAAGAUCCCCCCAACUCAACUACGCCUAAAAAGGAAAAGAGUAAAAGCUCUACAGUGAGGCCUCCCCUGCUUAAAACCCCUCCAAUGUCCUCCCAGAACCUGCCUCCACAUCAUCCCUCUCUUCAUGACGGCCCUCGACCCGGCCUCGACAUGCGGGGAAGAAGAGACGGCCCACCGAGUGGUGGUCUCCUUCCCCUCCCACAUCAACACGGACUCCCACUCAUGCAUCAACCUCCCUCCCCAGUGGACAGUCGGAGGAGGAUGGGAGAGGAGGGCCGAUCUUUACUUGGACCUCCUCCCGGAAAGUUAAGGAGAAUAGAUGGGUUAGGGGGUGGAGGUGAUGGCAUGUCCCACUCACACAUGUCCCAUCAGCCCCUGCUCCACAGACUCCAACCCUCCUCAGACAGGCCUGGUCUUCUUCCUAUACCAGGGAGCCGUGACAUGGGCCGAGGUGAUGGUGAUCGAGGAUCCAUCAGACCCCUAAUGGACUUUCAGGCUAAGCCACAGACCCAGAGGAAGAUCAAGUUGAACAGAGAUCUGGGGAGAAAAGGCAGCAUUGAGACAGCAGCCUCGGACAGAGCGGAGAGAGGAGCCUCGGACAGAGUGGAGAGAGGAGCCGACAGAGGAGCCUCGGACAGAGCGGAGAGAGGAGCCGACAGAGCGGAGAGAGGAGCUGACAGAGGAGCUUCGGACAGAGCGGAGAGAGGAGCCUCGGACAGAGCGGAGAGAGCCGACAGAGGAGCCUUGGACAGAGCGGAGAGAGGGGCCUCGGAGAGAGGGGCCUCGGAGAGAGGAGCCUCGGAGAGAGCGGACAGAGGAGCCUCGGACAGAGCGGAGAGAGCCGACAGAGGAGCCUCGGACAGAGCGGAGAGAGGGGCCUCGGAGAGAGGAGCCUCGGAGAGAGCGGACAGAGGAGCCUCGGACAGAGCAGACAGAGGAGCCUCGGACAGACCAGACAGAGGAACCUCGGACAGAACGUCUUCAGGCCCUGAGAAGACCUCAGACCGAUCAGUUCCUUCUAACACCUCUGAAGGAGACCGAGCGAGCAGUACAGCAGAAGGUUCUGGAAGAAAGGAGCGGUCACUGUCGACUGAGCGGGGAGUCUCCAGAGAGAGACCAGGAAGUGCUGGAGACAGACUGCAGGGCUCUGACAGAGAGCAGAGCAGGAGCUCAGGACAGGACAGAGAGCGAGACAGACCCUCUGGAUCAGACCGAGAAAGAGACAGAAGCACAACAUCCGACAGAGAGAGAGACAGGGGCUCUGGGUCAAGCUCACAGAAGGUAGCAGUUACAGUGGAGAGAGACACUGAAGGUGAAAGGUCGGUGAGGACGGAGAGGACAGAGCGAAAGACCUCCGGUAGUGGAAGUGCAGGAGGGAGGUCCGUCUCUCUGGAUAAAAUGACCAUCGGAGAGAAAUCAGCCGUCACCAGGAAAGUCACGGACCAUCAGGAGAAACCAACCACAUCGUCUAAGGAGAGAGGGGAGGGGUCGGAAAGAGCUGCUAAAUCUAAAAGGAGUGUGUCCAAGGACAGAACAGAGAGGAGUGUCUCCUCAGGAGAGAAACCAGCUGCUUCUCACAGAGAAGCAGCGAAAGACAAAGAUGGCGAGGAGUCUGUUGUAAAGAGCAAACCCAGAAUCAGCCGCAAGGCCCUGACGAGCCACACCACGAGCUCCACUAGCACUAGGUCAACUCAAGAAACAAAGCGAGAUUCGGACAAAGACCCGAAGAGUCUGUCCUCAAAACCUGCAGAGCAGCCUUCAUCCAGCCCUGUGAACAGCUGUGGCCGCAGCCCGAGCAUCAGCCCAGCAUCCAGCCCGGCCAGAGAGGAGCCGCUCAUUCAGCCUCCUCCUCGCUCCAAGUGGGAGAGAGAAGACGACGAAGAAGGCCAGGAAAACGGAGUUAGUGCACCCAAGGAGCCCUCACCAGUGCCACAGCAGAGGAGCCGAGGCAGGGAGGUGCAGACUGAAGCUCCUAAACCAGUCAGGAGUGAAGGCCGGGAUGCUGCAAGGGAAGAGAGGAGGGGAGUAGUGAGAGAAGAGAAGAAAGGGAGAGCGCAGAAGGAGGAGGGUAAAGGUGGCAGGACGGCACAGACGAAUUCGGACAAACCAACCAAAACAAAAAUUGUGAGGGAGGAGGGGAGUAGAGUGAGAGAAGAAGGGAGAGCUCCAGUGAGAGAAGAGGGGAGAAGUGGAGGAGGAGGAGGAAGAGAGGAGGGCCGAGGAGUGACAGGAAAGGAGGAGAGAGCAACAGAAUCCAGAGGCGGAGGAGGAAGAGAGGAGAGUCGUGCCCCAGAGCCCAGGAGGCAGCGUUUAUGUUCUGACCUGGGUCGUGAGACAGACGAGGCGGCCUUCGUGCCCGACUACAGCGAGGGCGAAGGCUCAGAGCCGGAGAGGGGGAGGAGCGGCAGCCCCGGGUCCCUUAGCCAACCCUCCCACAGCCCCACCCCGAGCAACCAGAGCAGCUCCGGAACCGCCACGGCGGACAAGAAGAAGAAGAAACACAAGAAACACAAAAAACACAAAAAGCACAAGAAGCACGGCAGCCAGGACAAAGAAGGAGAACACAAGGAGAAGGAGCACAAGCACAAACACAAGAAGAAGAAACGCAAAAAGAACAAAGACAAAGAUGCGGAGGAAGAGGAGGAGGAGAAGACUGAGAGAACAGAGGAAGGGGCUCCAUGCUAACAGGCGGAGGCUUUGUUAAUAAGGAGAUAAUGAUGUACCCUGAAGUAUCGGCUAACACUGGCAUGCUGCUCCAUCUGCCACUCGUAAGGAAGAGAUGAAAUGUGUCUUUGACUGUCCGUGACACUGAAGAAGGGCUGUCUGGCUGUUUUUCUAACUCUUAAUGUCACUGCAGGCCCCCAAACUUAGACGGUACUUCUGUUGUGCUUGGAUUGCAACAUUAUGACCGCUGCUGUGGUUUCCUUAAUGUUCAACGUGAGCCUCUUGUUGUGACUUUGUGUCGGGGAAAAAGCUCGAGAGAUGCUGUGGCCACAGUAUUGUGAUCAUCCAAGAGCCGACCAGGAAAGGACUUUCUGAUACCAACUGAUCACACUGCAGUCAAUCUAAAUGAUUGGAAUAACAAACACUCUACUCAGGGAUGUGAUUGCUUCUUUGUAGAGGAGGAAUUGCCGUUUCUCUGCCUCUUGAUUCAUUUGUAAAUAGAGAUUAAUUGUUCCUUUUCCCUCGGUUUAUUUUGCUCACAUCCCUGUGUGCUGUUCAAGGCUUAAAUGCUGAUUAACCAUUGCUAUGAGGGCCCUUGUAAGCUCUUUUUGAAGGACUGUACUUGCGGUUUUGCAUGUUUUAGCAUAUAAACUAAUUAUGUGUACUUUCCAUUAUUGCUAACAAUUUUAAAACAUUGAUAAUCUUACGUUUACGCAGUUACAGUUCAUGCCGGUAUUUUUUUUUUUUGCGUUAAUCAAAAAAGGCAAAACGGUUAUUUUUUUAUUUCUUUUUGCAAAGGGUAAAUCUCUGUGAAAUGAAAUGCAAUAGCUACCUGGAAGAUUAUGACUCUUUGGAAAUGGUCAGCAAUAUAUAGUAUUAAUUUGCUAAAAUCUGCAAAAUCGCCAGUAUGGUCCUUGUUAAAGUUAAAACAAACAAACAUAUGCAUCUGUGCUACACUGGAUUGUAUAAAUCUAGGAUGUGUUUAAUAAUAAUUGCAAAUCAGUGUGCAUGUUUUUGUUCCAAAGGUGCAGUUAGCUGUCUUAUCACAUUGUCUGAGUGAGUGGAUGUGUGUAUUUGUGUGAAAGUGAACUGUGACAGAAAUGGAACGAGUUGGAGGACUAAUGUUCUUACAGAGGAGUUGUUCAUUUUCUCUUUUUUUUAAUUAAAAUGUUUUGACCUCA